AUUUAUCUACACCAUUCUGGCAGUGCUGCCAUUGCAGUCGGGUCUCGCACACUAUGAAUAGAAGUGGUCCGACUUGGCUGCAGUCAGUUUAUACUCCAGCCCUGCAGCCGCCGACAGAUCGCGCUCCACGUUACGUCAGCUGCAGACAGAUAUAAGCCCAGGUCGAACGCACCCAAUAUUUGAUUCUGCCUUUAUGGAGCUGGUCAAGGACUCAGUCGGGCUGAGACCCAGCAGCUGGAUGAGACAUGCGCUGAACCCUCGCCUCGCCCCGCCCCGCCCCCCAAAAAACCUUGCAAUUGCCUUCACGGAAGAAAUUUAUCUACAUCCUGGACGACGCUGGGAGGGGUGGGUGUUGCAAAAAGGAACACAACAACAUCAGUCCUCCUAAAUUUAUACUCAACAUAAAGCUGUAAUUUCGUAAUCUCCUUUCCGCUGUAUUUACUAAAAUAGGUCGAUUUCGCUAACGUUCUACUCUGCGUAGUAGGCCACAUUAACCAAAGUCUAGGUAUGGAAAAAGGUGGUUUUCUAUGUGUUUUAAUUUUCAGAAAUGAUCUCAACUCGAUUUUAAGAGGUAACACACUGCCCCUGUAGGAUUUGAUUGUAAGUAUCAUUUAUGGAAAUGAAGCAGAGUAAAAAAAUUAUUAUGACAGGAUCACUGAGACCACAGAUAUCUGAUUUAUAUUUUUUGAAUUCCACCUAUUCCAGUAUUUAAUCAGAGCUACAUACCCUUAAUCUGAGGUUUCCUUCUUUUCAUCUUUUUUUGCAUUACCAGCUAUAUGUCUAUGAAGAAUAUCCGGGCCCUAUGAAAUAAAACCUGCCUUUUAAAGUUAACUUUUGAUCUUCUCUCAGAUUUUGCUGACUAUCUCACCUUCCCUCCCUGAAAGUGACAAUGUUCUUAGACGGGAUAUAGUUUCAUACUUACUCCCUGAAGGGCUAGUUUGCAUAGCAAUUCUUCUCCUGUACCAGGUGCUGGGGAUACCCAUCGGGCAGCAUGGUGGACUGAUGCCAAGUGAGCAUAGUAUAAAUAGCUCUGUGUAUUUAUCAUGUAUCGUGCUGUUAUUGUGUAUAUGGUAAUAGCAAGUUUAGUCAUAUGGUGUGUGAGUAGUCAGGGUGGCCAACACAGCGGGCAGUGUAUGUGAGCUGGAAGUGUGAGUGGCAUUCGUCAGUAAAAGUAAAAAAUAGCUACAGACUAAUGUAUAUGAAUAAUUUUCUCGACAUUUUCUCGAACAUUUUUAACAUUUUCCCGAACAGGACGUAAUCUUUCAUGCAUAACUGAUACGGCCCUCUGAUUAUGCUAAUAUGCGAGAAGCCAAUCAGUGAUGAGCUUACUGGGACGUGCAGGUUUUGGGAAAAUAGUUGCCUAGCAACAGUAACCAAACGUUUCCCUUGUUUCCUUUAGGGUAGACGGAGUUUGAUCAUGCUACAAAAAUAAAUAAAUAAUCACUUCAGCUAGUUUAUCUGGGUAACGAGUAGUGUCUUUGAUGGAGUCUUGAGGCGCUUUUAUUAAUCAGUGCAAAUUUGUUGUAUUACGCUAAGAUAUCUAUACAUUUUUAAGUGCGCGUGGAAAGCCAACAUCUUCAGAAAGGCUUAACGUUAAUGUUCUUCAUUUACUUCUAGGAUGAAACGAGUGUGUCUGCCAAGUAAAUGGAUGCAUAUACCAUAAUAGAGUUGGUUUCUGAUAUGUGUACUUUAUGUUUCCGCUGGUGGGUGACUCGGUCAUCAUCUACUCUAGCCUGGGGAAAAGCGCGCCGGUUUGACGGUGAGCACUGCUGCGGCGCUAACGGGCUAAUAGGCUAAGGGACGAAUCGUCCGUGAACUUAUUUGCUGCUGAGGUCUCUUCGUACAUCACACACACCGGAGCCUCGCAGGCGGUGCCGAUGGCGUCCGUGCUGGUUGUGGAUGUUCCGGUGUAAUUGUAUUGUUUCAGGAAGAUCCUUCCUUGGAUCGUCAGUUUAAAGGUCACAAAGAUGCCGUCACCUGUGCUCACUUCAGCCCAAACCUAACACAGCUGGCAACCAGUUCAGCUGACACGGCCGUCAUGGUGUGGAACCUGAAUCCCAAGGCCCGGGCGAUCCGCUUGGUGGGCCACACACUGGCCGUCACUGGAGUCGAAUUUUCUCCCGCUGGGCACCUGCUGGCCUCUGCUUCACUGGACAGAACGGUUCGGCUGUGGACCCCCAGCACGAAAGGCCAGACGGCGGUGUUCAGAGCGCACACGGCCGCAGUGCGCAGCGUCAGCUUCUCCCCCAACGGCCAGCAGCUGCUCACCGCCUCCGAUGACAAAUCCCUUAAAGUGUGGAGUGUCCAGAAGCAGCGCUUCAUCUUCUCCCUGAAGCAGCACACCAACUGGGCGCGCUGUGCACGCUUCUCACCAGACGGACGCAUGAUCGCCUCGUGUGGUGACGACAGGGCGGUGCGCCUCUGGGACACCGCCAGCCGCCAGUGCAUAAACACCUUCACAGACCAUGGCGGGUGUGAGACAUAUGUGGGUUUUAACAGUAGAGGCACCUGUAUCUGUUCUUCGGGGACAGAUAACACUUUAAAAAUAUGGGACAUCCGUACCAACAAGCUCCUGCAGCACUACCGAGUUCACAGUGCUGGGAUCAAUUGCUUUUCAUUUCACCCAUCGGACAACUACCUCAUCACUGCGUCCAGUGACAGCACAGUGAAGAUCCUGGACCUGAUGGAGGGGAGGCUGAUCUAUACCCUCCAUGGCCACAAGGGGCCGGUGCUUGCUGUGGCGUUCUCCCCUGAUGGUCACCUCUUUGUCUCCGGAGGCGGUGAUUCUCAGGUUCUGAUGUGGAAGACCAAUUUUGAUGCGUUCGACUAUAAGGAAGUACUGAAAAGGCAUCGUGGCCGCGUCAAUCCGGACCCGGCCCCCCACCUGAUGGAUAUCUACCCGCGAGCCCCCCACCUCCACUCGGCCCAGUCCGGCUCCAUCGAGAUCAGCCCCUGUGUCGCGGACACGCAGAGCCCACACCCUCACAUCGUGGAGCUGGGCCAGAGCCUCACCUCCAGCACGCUGCAGGACGGCGGUGGCGGCCUUGGGAGCAGAAGGUGGCGCGUCGGUGACGACACACGGACCUCAACGGGACCCGGCUCGAGGCAGGAGGAAGAGGAGCAGAUGGGCGCCGUGACCUUCCCCCUGGAGGAGCGCUCCGGCCUGCCCUCGGCCUUCUCCAGCACCCUGGAGAACAUCGUCCAGCAGCUGGAUGUCCUCACGCAGGCGGUGUCCAUCAUGGAGGAGCGGCUGACCCUGACCGAGGACAAGCUGCGGGAGUGUCUGGAACAACAGGCCAGGAUAUUCCAGCUGCGCGCAGCCGAGCCAGAGGCCGACAGCAGCUCCCUGAGCUCAUCUGCGUAAAGACCCCCCCGCCGAGCUGCGCAGGACAGAGCUGACUGACAAUGGCUCCCUGAGCUUGACUGCAUAAAGGUCUAACCUCCAUCCCCCACCCCCCCCCAGAAAACACCCACAGCUGCAAAACCAGCUCCUCUUGUUUUGUCAGCAGGGGAAAGGCAGAGAACAUGCAAAUCUGCCCACUUCCUCAGAGCGCCUGGUACAGGUUCACGCAAACGCCGAGGAGCGUCAUACACAGCAGUCGUACUGUCCUCCUAACCCAGCACGUGUCUUUGUACUUUCUGUGGGAAUUAAAGCACCCUGUUCCCCCUCCUCACA